CCAAGGCUGUGCCAUACGCAAAACAUAGACACCCCGAACUAUAUCUUCACAUCGUCUUCGAGUGACAUUGUCUGUUUUCUUUCUCAGCGCAGCAUUCUACGGUCAGCCCCAGACUGCAACAAUCUGUACCCCCCGACAACAUGGCAACCAUCUCAGGAGAUGACGGUCCUACUGCACCAGCACCUCCUGUAGUCAAUGACCCCAACUCCACGCCUGCGACCAAUGAGGAAAAGCCUUUACCUAAACUCUCAGCAUCCGAGUUUCGCCAGUAUAACAGAAUGGCGGAGCACAUGAACUAUUUCCACGACAACUUCAGGGCGACGUGGAAAGUUCUGUAUGGCGCGUGUGAGGCACAGAAGAGACCUAAGAACAUGUCCAUCCGCCAAUUUAUCAGCAUGGGCCAGCAAUUCUGCCACCACCUCACAGUGCACCACACAAUAGAAGAGCAGCACAUCUUCCCCGUCCUGGCCAAGAAGAUGCCCGCCUUCAAGAAGGAGCUCGAGCUUCUCACACAGCACAAGCAGAUCCACAAGGGUCUCGAUAAGCUAGAAAAGUACCUUGAAGAGUGCGAGGGCGGGGAGCGAGAGCUGCGAUUGAGCGAGUUGAAGGAGAUUUUCGAUUCGUUUGGCGAGGUUUUAUGGCAGCAUCUGGAUGAUGAGGUCAAGCAGUUGGAAGCGGAGAAUAUGAGGAAGUAUUGGAGCUUGGACGAGAUGAGGCGAAUUCCUAUGUAGGUCAUUACGUCGGAUUACGAUGGGUGGAGAGCGACCAAGCGAAGACAAAGGGCGUUCAAGGAAUGACGGCUGGAUGCGUACCUGCAAUCUUAUGACACUUUUCUCAUUGGUCUUGUCAACCGCCACUGCGCGAUGCACUAACAUCCCAAAGAACCCUUCAUGCUUUUUCCUCCUUAGGCCUCCAGACCCCGAGACAAAACACCAAACGAUACAAACG